GUUUACUACCAAAAGCAAAAAAAAUAAAAAUCGAGAGAAACUUGGGGUUAAAUUGUAGACAUCAACUCCUCCCUGAGCCACUGUUAGCGUCUUCCUUCUCGGCGUUCAAUCCACACCGCCACCACCUCCACCACCGUGCUUCUCUUCUCGCUUCACAAAGAUGGAUUGGCAAGGGCAGAAGCUCGCGGAGCAGCUGAUGCAGAUUUUGUUGCUUGCGUUUGCUGUGGUUGCGUUUGCAGGUGGGUACUUCAUGGCUUCUUUCCAAACGAUGAUGCUCACAUAUGCUGGUGGUGUGGUUUUCACCACACUGGUCACCGUCCCCAAUUGGCCUCUUUUCAAUCGCCAUCCUCUAAAGUGGCUGGACCCAAGUGAGGUUGAGAAGCAUCCCAAGCCACAGCCAUCUGUGAAUGUAGCUCCAAAGAAGAAGCCAACUAAGAAGUAGGGUAUUUGUCUCAUUUUUGGGGCUUAAACUUUUGUUGGUACUGGUAUUUCUUCAAGGUUUAAAUUGAUGUUUUGACAGAAACUUGGAUUUCUUAUUCUCUUCCCCUUCAGGGGUAGUGGUAUUACACAAUACAGGGUGCCUAGUUUCUUAGACUGCAAUUAUAUAUUUGUUUUCUUUUGGA